AUGGGAAAACCUGUGGCCAAGCGGACAGUGAUUGCCUAUGCCCGGUCUAAAACGCCCAAGCUGCAGACUGACAGUGACAACAAGCUGUCCUUUCGAGAGACCAAGCGCCGCAGCAUCAUUUCAGGCCUGAGAAUGUUCAAGGCUCCCGCAGUGAUCGCUUCGCUGGUGUGCUCUUUGUUUGCGCUCCCUUCGCUCCAAUGGGGGCCCGAGCAUGAGUUGGACCACCUCGAGCUGUUUGCUGGCCAGUGUGCUGUCACCCGUGGAGAGUUUGAGGAGGGUCGCACCAACAGCGUGGCUAUGGACUACGACCAUGAUCCGAAGACAAUGGAUUUGCUGAGUGACCAUGGCUUUUUGUCAGCCUUUUACCAUGCGACGUGUGUUCGCCCUGGAGGUAAAGAAGAGAUUUCCGAGCUGGCCAGCUACAAGCCCUACUUCCGUAGAAACGCUGAUGAGGUGAUUGCUUUGGUCACCAGAUAUACGGAUUCGAGUGGAAAACCACGAAUCAAGGGAAGCUGCCAUCUCAAGGGGUCGCAGGCCUACCCUAUUCCGUUGGGCCGUGCUAUGUCCAGACUGCGGACUGCCCACCUGAAGGACCAUCGUCGACGGGCACUGAACCUGAUCAAGGUCUGGAUGGGCAGAUUUGUCCUGAAGCAAAGCUGCAAAGGUGCCAUCUGCCCAUUCUAUGCUUAUAGGCCCAAAAAGAAUCAAAAAGCUGAUUCAAAGACGAAGGCAAAGUCAGCAAAAGAAGUCAUGAAGACCGCAAAGAAGGACAAGGACAAAAAAAGUAGCAAGACUGAGAAGACCGGGAAGACCCAAGAGAAAAAGAUCGUUGAGAAGAAGAAGAAGGAUGUUGGACAAGGAAUCUCAAAGAAACGGAAAUCUGACUCCAAGACUCAAGAGUUGAAAGCUGCAGAAGCAACUCCUCCGACCCGUCGUGUUUCCUUCAAGUCUCCGCCAAGUGUUGAAACGCGGGGAGAGGAGCCUACCAUGCGCACCCCACCAUGUCGACCACCUCUCAUCGCUAGUGACCAGGAGUCAGGCUUUUCAUCACCAGCCUUUUCCAUCGAGACCCUAUCCACAUGGAAAGGGGAAGCCGCAAAGAAGGGGCUUUCCUUGGAAAGCUACAUGGAAGAGCUGUCAGCAGCUGCUCUUGAGGCAACCCUUGAAGAGCACAUGGGAAAGUUGAUGGUGGAGUCGCAGGAGAACAAACCUGAGGGUUCCCCUGACCAGCCCGAGACAGCAUCGGUGACACCUGCAAGAGCAGACAAAAAUGAUGAUGAUGAUGAUGACAGUGAUGAAGAAGGCAGUGAUGCUGAGAUGGAGUCAGAUAUUGACAUGGAGAAGUUUGACAAGUCUCUGGACCAACUUGCUGGAGAUGAACCUGCGAAAGAUCAGAACAAACUCGAGAACAAGGAGAAAAAGGGGGCUGAGAAGGAGGCUGAGAAGGAGGCUGAGAAGAACACUAGCCCAGAGGAACCAAAGUCAAUUCUCAAGCAGCCUGAGGUUAAGCAGCAGGCUCUGGCCGUCGCGGUUGAGGAGCAAAGGGAACGUGUUGCCGCGGAGUUUGCCGAUGCAAACAGUCUUGCAAGCCACUAUAUGAAGGACAAAACCGACCUCUUUCGAGGUUGGCUUCAGCAUGGAGGGGACUGGUCCAGGCGAGAGCGUGAAGGCAUGAAACCCCGGGAGAUUCUCCAACGCUAUCCGAAGGAGAAAGCUGAGAGUUUGAUGAAGAAUUUGCUGGACCGUGGACUCUGGUACUGGGACGAUGAUUUUCCAAGAGAAAGAUACUUCCUGGUUGGCAAAGGUGACAAGGUUCGCAAUGACAACGUGACCAAGGAGUCGACCGCAGUAUCCGUCAACGAAACCCAGUGCGCAGAGCUUGCAGAGGCCUUGGCCGAGGGCCCAUUGGCUGCUGGCAUGCAUGCAGCUACCAGGACUGCCAAUGAGAAAGGUGAGAAAGACCUAAGGAGUCUUUGGGUCUCGAGGAUGGGAAAGCUGAAAAAGCGAAGCCAAAGAAGGAGAAGGCAGAAAAGACUGACAAAGUCAUUCCAAAGACGUUUGAUGAGCCAGCUGCUGGCCAGCAAGAUGGAUGAUGCUUUGAAAAAAGCAGCUGAAGGUCGUCGUUAUGCCAUUUCGCUUUCCUCUUUGGACUACUCGGGGGAUCUGUCCUCGAAACUCAUGGCCUUUAGCGACAAGAUGGAGAAGUGCUUCAAGUCUUUGCAGGACCUGCGGUCUCGCAAGGUUGGGGACGAGAAGCAGUAUGCCAAGUUUUUGGCAGUGAUCGAUGAGAAAGUCAUGUGGUAUGAAAAAGCUGAGGCCUACUGGGCGGCAGCCAAAGCUUUGCAGAAUGGCCUGAACAAGAAACCGAAAAAGGCCAAAGGAAGGAAGCAUGACAAAGACAAGAACCCUCCGGAAGACCAAGUGUCAGCUGUCGCUGAGUGA